CAUGGCAGCAGUAAAAUAAAAAUAUUUCAAGAAGAUGAAAAUGGAUAGAUAUGUUUGGUUUGAUUUGAUUUGAUUUGAUGAGUUCUUCAAUGUUUAUUCUCUUCUUUUAAUUCUUUAGUUUUAGUUUUAUGUGUUUGUAUCGAUCGAAUAACACUCUUUGGUUGCUCUUUUGUUGCUUUCUAGGCGUUUUUAUUCUCUUUCUUGAGCAGUCAUAUUUCUGUCCUCACAUUUAUUUAUGUAUAUAUAUAUCUAUAUGUGUCUUUAAUUACUAUCUUGGAUUUAUUCAAACUUUUUUCUGAUACAAGUCUUGGUUUUGGUUAGGGGACAAGAUGAAGGAUGGUUUUGUCUUCUGGACAUUUCUACUAUUUGAUUAGAUUUCAUGUUCAUCUAUCCAACCCAUUAAAUCCCUAAAUCCCUCAAAAAAAAAAAAAAAAAAAAAAACCCCAAACUGUUCUAUCCUAUACAUAACAAGAAAUUCCCAAUAUCAUCACAACCUUAAAUCAUGCCAAUAAGACCAAUGAAAGAGAAUUCCGAGCACCACUUGCCAAUCAAACCCCAAUUUCAAAACCCCACCAAGAACCCACCCAAGAUCGGAAAAGUCCCGCCGCCGCCGGCGGCAGCGGCGGCCGCCCAGGACUCGCCGCCGUCAAGAAACCGCGGCCGGAGGAGGAGAAGAGGCGGCCGGAAAUCGGACCAGAGCGACUCAUUUAUGCGGCCGAGUUCCCGUCCAUGCACCGCCGCAGAUAAACCGCCGGUUCUCGCCCGCGAAACCGGCCAGACCGUUGUCCCGGCGCUUCCCGGUCCGACCGGCCCGGUCCGAAACGACGGCGGGUACCCUUCUUCCAGCAAGUCCUUAACAUUCCCUGCCCGGCCUGGUUUCGGGCAGCUGGGCAGCAAAUGCAUCGUUAAGGCCAACCAUUUCUUCGCCGAGUUACCAGACAAGGAUUUGAUCCAAUAUGAUGUGAGUAUCAGUCCUGAAGUGGCCUCACGAGCUGUAAAUCGAGCAAUCAUGGCAGAGCUUGUUAAGCUCUAUAAAGAAUCUCAUUUGGGGACGAGGUUGCCUGCUUACGAUGGUCGGAAAAGCCUCUACACUGCCGGAGAACUUCCCUUUGCUUGGAAGGAAUUCACCGUUAAAUUAGUCGAUGAAGAUGACGCCAUUAAUGGCCCCAAGAGGGAAAGGGAAUAUAAAGUCGCGAUCAAGUUUGUCGCGCGGGCGAAUUUGUAUCAUUUAGGACAGUUUCUUGCCGGAAAGCGAGCGGAUGGGCCGAAGGAAGCGCUGCAAAUUCUUGACAUUGUGUUGCGGGAGCUUUCGAUGAAAAGAAGGUUCUGCCCUGUCGGGAGAUCAUUUUUCUCUCCGGAAAUCCGAAAGCCGCAACGGCUCGGCGAUGGUUUGGAGGCAUGGUGCGGAUUCUACCAGAGCUUAAGGCCUACUCAGAUGGGCUUGUCGCUUAACAUCGAUAUGGCUUCCGCGGCGUUCAUCGAAGCUCUUCCGGUGAUUGAAUUUGUCGCACAACUACUCGGAAAGGAUGUGUCGAGGCCUUUAUCCGAUUCGGAUCGCAUAAAGGUGAAGAAGGCUCUUCGAGGCGUAAAAGUUGAAGUAACUCACCGAGGAGAAGUACGAAGAAAAUAUCGAGUCUCCGGCAUCACAACUCAACCUACUCGAGAGCUAGUGUUUCCCGUCGACGAUAACUCAACCAUGAAGUCGGUUGUCGAAUAUUUUCAAGAAAUGUACGAUUUCACGAUUCAGUAUACUCAUCUUCCUUGUCUACAAGUCGGAAAUCAGAAAAAGGCCAAUUAUUUGCCGAUGGAGGCAUGUAAAAUCGUCGAGGGACAAAGAUACACUAAGAGAUUGAGCGAAAAACAGAUUACGGCGCUCCUAAAGGUUACAUGCCAAAGACCGCGCGACCGGGAGAAGGACAUUGUGCAGGCUGUCGAAAACAACGAUUAUGAACACGAUGAUUACGCUAAAGAGUUCGGUAUACGAAUUAGCGAAAAGUUAGCUUCGGUGGAGGCGCGAGUUCUCCCGGCACCAUGGUUGAAAUAUCACGAAACCGGGAAGGAAAAAGAUUGCUUGCCGCAAGUAGGCCAGUGGAAUAUGAUGAACAAGAAAAUGAUUAACGGCAUGACGGUUAGUCGAUGGGCGUGCAUUAACUUCUCUCGGAACGUUCAAGACGGCGUUGCUCGGGGAUUUUGCAACGAGCUCGCGCAAAUGUGUCAAGUCUCCGGCAUGGAAUUUAAUCCCGAUCCGGUGAUUCCGAUCUACACGUCGAGGCCCGAUCAAGUCGAGAAAUCGUUAAAGCAUGUAUACCAUGCUUGUAUGAACAAAUUGAAAGGAAAAGAGUUGGAGCUUCUUCUCGCAAUACUUCCCGACAACAACGGUUCUUUAUACGGCGAUCUGAAGCGAAUAUGCGAAACCGAUCUCGGGUUGAUCUCCCAAUGCUGUCUUACGAAACACGUUUUCAAGAUUAACAAGCAGUAUUUGGCGAACGUAUCGUUGAAAAUAAACGUUAAGAUGGGCGGCAGAAACACCGUUCUAUUGGAUGCAAUAAGCUGUCGAAUACCGUUGGUCAGCGAUAUUCCGACGAUUAUAUUUGGAGCGGACGUGACGCACCCGGAAAACGGAGAGGAUACGAGCCCGUCGAUUGCUGCUGUUGUCGCGUCUCAGGAUUGGCCGGAGGUCACAAAAUACGCCGGACUCGUUUGCGCGCAAGCCCACAGGCAAGAACUGAUUCAAGAUUUGUACAAGACGUGGCACGAUCCCGCUCGCGGCACAGUCAGCGGCGGCAUGAUCAGGGAUCUUUUGAUCUCGUUUAGAAAAGCGACGGGACAAAAGCCGCAGAGGAUUAUAUUUUACCGGGACGGCGUGAGCGAAGGGCAGUUUUAUCAAGUGUUAUUGUUCGAGCUCGAUGCGAUUAGGAAGGCGUGCGCGUCGUUGGAGCCGAAUUAUCAGCCUCUGGUGACGUUUAUUGUGGUCCAAAAACGACAUCAUACCCGACUUUUCGCCAACAAUCACCGCGAUAGAAGCAGCACUGAUAAGAGCGGGAACAUCUUACCCGGCACCGUUGUCGACUCUAAAAUCUGUCACCCGACCGAAUUCGACUUCUAUCUAUGCAGCCAUGCAGGAAUUCAGGGGACGAGCCGGCCGGCGCAUUACCAUGUACUUUGGGACGAGAACAACUUCACGGCGGACGGGAUCCAGUCGCUUACGAACAAUCUCUGCUACACGUACGCGCGAUGCACGCGCUCUGUUUCUGUCGUUCCUCCGGCUUACUAUGCGCAUUUGGCGGCGUUUCGAGCGAGAUUCUACAUGGAACCGGAGGUGCAGGAAGGCGGCGGCAAUGGGUGCUCCGGGAAGGCCGGGCGGGUCGGCGGUGGCGGCGAGUUCGGCGGCGUCCGGCCGUUGCCGGCGCUGAAGGAGAAUGUGAAGAGAGUAAUGUUUUACUGCUGAAAGAGGAGGGGGAGAGAUGGAGGAGUGAGAGAGUAAUUAGGGUUUAAGGUAGUUAGGGUUUAGGUGAUACGGCGUCGUUUCGGUUCGUAUGUACGUUAGUCUCUGUGUACUGUUGGUAUGUACUUUGUAUAUAUUAGUUGGGUUAUUUCGUGGGUUUUAAAAAAGAUUUUUAA